UCUGCUGCAGUUGGCAGAGAGCCGCUGGUAAAGUCUAAUCGAUAGGAGAGGGGGAGAAGGAUGUCGGAGGAGGGAGAUUCCGAGUGUCCAGUUUGUUAUGAGAAGGUAUCUCGCCAGAACCAGUCCCUCAGGACCCUGACCUGUAACCACAUCUUCUGCCAUGACUGCCUGGUCAAGACGGUGAUCAACCAGGAGAGUCAGCCCAGGAAGGUGAUCUGCCCCGUCUGCAGGCACGUUACCUUCCUGAACAAGAAGACCGUGAGCUGGAUCGCCAAAGGCAGAGAGGGCAAACAGACGCUGGAGAUCCCCUUGUCCCCCACCUCCCUGGAGUUGUCCUCAGUGCCACUGGAGCCGCUGGGGACGCCCCCUCCGCCGCUCCAGCGCUCCCUCCUGCACCGAUUGUUGGGGAGCUGCCCCCGGACUCUCUCCCCAGCCCGUGACCCCGCAUUGGGCACCAGGCAGGUUUUCGUGAUCAGCGGCAGGGGGAGACCCAUGAGUGAGGAAGAGCUGAGAGCCCCCAGAGAUGGGGUAGUCUUGGAGUACAGGCGCUGCAGACUGCGCUGGGUGUUGGUGCUUCUAUGUUUUAUAAUCAUUGGGGCAGUGGUGGCUGCAAUCCUGCCUUGGGUCACCUCCUUCAAAUGACAGGACUUGGAAAUAAGGACAGUCUCACUCAACAGACUCUGGGGGUGACUUUGGAAAAACAGCUUCACAUCGCCAGAGACACAUUUACAAACAGAGAAGGAUUUAUUUGGAGUUUUCACCUGCUACAUUUUUGUUUCAGUCUCCAGGAAUGUGCUUUGGCAAAUCCUGACAGGGUUGGGCCAAUUGGAGAAAAUACAAAUUGCACUUGUACAGAAACUCUUUUUGCAAAUGUUUUAUAUUGUAAAUAUUAAAAUUGUGAUCAGUUAUCAACUCUCCAAGACAAAUAACUAAUCUUAUUGGCAAGUUGUUAGUUAUAACUAUUAGGAAAGAUGUUGUGGCACUGUAUUAUCAAUUGUUGUACAGUGGACCACUGACCUGCCAGAUGAGUUGUACUAAGUAGAUUUAUCAAUUUGUCAUUUAAUGCUGGAAAAUAAUCCAAACUG